AUGAGUUCAGAUGUUAAAGAUUCAAGUCAUUUAGAAAAAUAAAAUUCAUAGGAAUAUUCCAAUUCUAAGCAAAAUGGAGAAAUUGAUAUUAUGGAAAUGCUCCCUUAAAAGAAAAUGUACAUAAUUGAAAAGCAAUUUGAUUAAAGCGGAAAGGGAUUGAAAAUUGAUGAAUUUGUAAGAGUUAUGUUAACACAUUUAGAUUUUGAUAAAUCUGAUGUGUAAAAAGAAGAUCAAAUAACUUUAGCACUUAUAGAUUUAUUCAAAGAAAUUGAUGUAAAUGGUGAUGGAACUAUGGAAUGGGAAGAAUUUUCAGAUCAUAUUAUUAGUUUAGGGCUGCUUAGAAAUGAUAGAAGUUUUAAAAACGUUAUAAAAAAUUAUUUUCCUAGUGAGCAUAUCAAAGAUAAUUAAAAGCAUGAAACCCCAAUAGAGAAAAUUGUUUAUUUCGAUAAGCUAAAGUACUUGGUUGUAUUAGAAAAAGACUCCACUCGCUUUAAAGUUUAUAAUGCAAAUACUGCAGAAUUAUAUUACGAAGUAAAUGCUCAUAAAUGCGCAGUAUUAGAUGCAGAAUAUAUUCCUGAUUAAAAUUUAAUUGCUACUUCUUCUAAUGAUUUAACUAUCAACUUUUGGGAUUCUUCCUUCUUUAUUCCUAAACAAAUUGUUUCAGUACCAGAAAUUUAGCUUUGUAUGAGAUAUGCUAAAUGGUCAACUUAAAGCCAACCUACUUAUUUAUAUACAGGAGGGUCAGAUAGUAUCAUUCACAUUUAUGAUACAAAGACCUUGAAGGAAAAAGGUACGAUUGGUGGAUGGAAUCCUUUCUUCAAAAGAGAUUCUUAACAAUAUGGUCAUGCUUCUCCUAUUGGAGAUAUUCUUCCAAUUAACAUUUAAACUACUUUAGUAACUGCAGGUUUAGAUGCAAAUAUAUGCUUGUGGGAUGCAGCUACUCAUCUUCCCAAAAAAGAAUUAAGAGGACACGAAAAAGGUGUUUAUAGUUUAGAUUGGUCUGAUUUUUCUCCAAUGAAUUAAUGUUUACUUAGUGCUGGACUUGAUCAUGAGGCAUUUGUGUGGAAUACUUAUGUAAAAGAAAAGAUCUUUCUUUUGAGAGGGCACAAUCAUCCUUUGAUUGGAGUCAAAUGCUUACCUGGUACACCAUAAGUUAUAACAGCUGAUAUUAAUGGAAUGGUAAAAGUUUGGGAUGUAAGAAAUUUCUUAUGCAUGUAAACAAUAAAUGUACCAACUGAUGAAUUGAAUUCAUUUGUGGUGACAUCAAAUUAGAAAAAAAGAAUUAUUUUUGGAGCUAGAAGACUUUACUAUUAUGAAUACGAUGAGCCAAAAGAUUAAAUGCUAACAGAUGAAAAGAUGUGCUUAAGAGUUUUAUACAAUAGCGUACUCCUUUGUUUAAUUACACUUCAUCCUGAUUGUAUCAAGGUAUGGGACAUUCGUACAGGUAAAUUGCAAAGUGUUUAUAGAGAAUUAUCUACUGCUGAACUUACUGUUUGUGUACUUGAUACACGUAAAAGAAAACUAUUUGUUGGUGAUGCAGACGGCAACAUAUUUACAGUAAAUAUCAAAAAUGGUGCAAAAAUGAAAAAAUUCGAAAAGCACAACAACAGAAUGAUCACUGAUCUUACUCAUUGGACUUCUAAGAAACCUGCUACUAUAGAGAUAGGAGGUGAUGACGAUGAUGAAGAUGGAACAGGUGACUCCAGAAGAGUAGUUAGUUGUAGUAGAGAAGAGACUGUAUUUAUUCAUGAUGAAGAUAGUAGUGACCCUUCCAGAAGUUGUAGAUAUAAAAUGAAGUAGCAUAAAAGUAGUGUUAAUUCGCUUUCCCUUAAACAAGAUUCUGAGUUAUUUGCCUCUGCUUCAGAUGAUGGUAAUAUAGUUAUAACUAAUCUUAAUUCCUACAGAUAAGAGACUCUACCAAGUACUCAAUAUCCUUUUGAAAAAAAGAAGGUUAUAUUCUUGGAUCCAUAUAAUGCUUUGGUUACAUCUGACUCUGAAGGAUAUGUUCAUUUUUAUUGUGUAAAUAAUGGUAAAGCAAGAACUAGAUAUCUUCUUACUAAAAAAUACGAAACUACAUCUGUGGUUAAUAAUAAAGUAGAUAAAUUUCCAGUUACUCAUCUUGCAUUUAAUUCAGAUAACAAUAUGCUUUUGCUUUCAGAUGAAUUGGGUAAUGUGACAAUUUGGGAUUUGACUAUAUUCUUAAAAAAGCUUGAUGAAAUUAAGGAUGAUAAUAUUUAAUAACAAAAAACAAAGUAAGCUUAAACUCCUUUAAAGCAAACUCCUAAUAGAGCUAGCAAUGGAUUCUUCCCUACUGAACUUGAUGAGCUUAAAUAAAUUAAUGAAAAGCAAAUAAGUUUAUCUCAAAUGGAUAAUCUUGAAAAAUACUUCUAAGAUAAAGAUAUAGCUUUUGUCCAUUAACUUAAGGGUGCUCAUAAUGAUGGCAUAACAUGGAUUGAAGUAUUGAAGGAGUAUAAUAUGUUUGCAACUAGCUCAUUUGAUUGUUGUUGUCAUCUUUGGUCUUUUAACGAUUACAAAAAGAUGGGAUCCCUUAUUUUGGGACAUGAUAUCAUGAAUAACAAUUGGCAACUAAGGGUUGAUGAAGAGAAGAGAAAAGUUGAUGCUUAAUAUUAUAUGGAGAAGCUUAAAAAAAAACUCAAUAAAGAUGAUUAAAGUGAUGAUGAAGAAAAAAAUUCACAAAAGCAAGAUGAGAGCAUGAUGAGUGAUAAGAAUUUUGAUUAAAAAAAUUAGAAAAAACCUAAAAAAACUGAAAAAGGAGAAAAGGGAGAAAAAGCACCAGAAAAACCUUUGCCUGAAAAGAAGAAAGUUCUGACUGCUUAAGAGAAAAUGGAAUAAAAUAAAAAGCUUAAGAAUGAGCUAAAACUAGAAUUUGACCCUGCAUUGUUAAACUUAAACAAGAAUAAAAAGUAAGUCUUAUCAGAAAAGGAAUAAAUAGAGAAGGCCUCUGAGCUAUUAGAAAAGGUUAAAAAGUUUAAUGAUGUAAUUGCUAAUAAAAAUAAAGAUAGAAGAAAUCCUCUUGAAAUUGACUACGAUGACUUUUUAAGAGCUUAUUAAAUGGAUGAACAAGUAGAUAUAUAUCUUGACUAAAACGAAGAAGAAGAGGAGGAUAAUAACAUUUUGUACGACUUAGAUGAUCCUAAAAAUUAAUCAAUACCAGCAGGAGCUUAUACAAGUAAAGGAGCUUUUAAGUCGAAAAAUAUAGGCAGAAAAAAUAAAAUUUGA